AUGUUGUUGAUUUCUGCUUAUUGUCCUCCUAAAGCUGAUUUGAUUUUCUGCUUGAAUGAAAUUUCAAGAGUUCUGAAUAAAGAUCUAUGCAAUGAUUUUGUAAUUGGCGCAGACUUUAAUGCUAGAAGUGAAGUCUGGGGUGAUCAAGAGAAAGAUAUUAGAGGAAAACAAGUUUUGGAAUUUAUUAAUUCACAUGGGAUUUGUAUCUUGAAUAAUCCAGAUUCUCCUCCUACUUUUGAAGGGGCAAGAGGUUCUUCCUGGAUUGAUCUUACUCUUGUGCAUACUUCCAUAAAUAUUGAUUGGAAAGUUAUCACAGAUAUUUCUUGCAGUGAUCAUAACUAUAUAGAAAUUGAUCUUGGUGAGAAAGAUUAUUCUCUUGUGAUGAGAAAGAGGUUUUCAUUAAAAAACUUAAAUUGGAUUGAUUUUAAAAGAGAUGCUUCGGCUCUUUUGUUGCAAUAUAACGAAUUAAAAAUUGAUGAAAAAAAUUUGGAAGAAAUAGUUGAAAGAUUUACUGAUGAAAUUGUAAAUAUUUGUGAAAAGAAUAAAAUCAAAAAGAAGUUUAAAGCAAAAGGGUCCUCUGUUUGGUGGACUAAGAAAUUGGAUCUUUGGAGGUCUAAAGUCAGGAUUGCAAGAAGAAAAUUUCUCUGUGCCUUUAAUUUGGAAGAUAAAUUGUUUUUGGAGGAUAAAUAUAAGAGAAUAAGAGGAAUUUAUAAGAAAGAAAUUAAUAUUGCUAAAAAUCAAUCGUGGGAUGAUUUAUGUAUGAAAACUAACUUGGAUCAACCACAUGGUAUUCCAUAUAAAAUUACUGUGGGAAAGUGUAAAUCUGCACUUACUUUGAGUCGGUUAAAAAGAGAUGAUGGUUCUGAAACAAAUUCAAUAAAAGAUACAUUGGAUUACUUGGUUAAGUUCCAUUUUUCGGAUGACUCGAUUGAAGAUGAUUUGGAUUGGCAUAAAGAAAUAAGACAAAAUUUUCGGACUUAUGAAAAUGACUUCAAUGAUUUAGAGUUUACAGAAGAAGAAAUUUUGAAUGUGGUUGGGUCAAUGAAUAAAGGAAAAGCUCCAGAUGGUAAUCUAUGUAUUAAAAGAUUUUAUGGCAGAGGUUGUCCUCAAGGUUCUAAUGCAGGACCUUUAUUAUGGAAUAUUUUAUGUGAUUCAAUGCUUGAAUUACCGUUUAAGGACAACGUAAAGGUGCAAGCUUAUGCGGAUGAUAUAAUUAUUAUUGUGUUAGCAAGUGGAAGUGGAUGCUGA